AUGUUGCAGAUCCAGUGGAGAGCUCGAUACAUCGAUGGUAGAAUCGAUAUGAGAAGGACUGAUGAGGCUGUUAAAGGAAGGAGAGGAAAACCGAUACAGUUCGGCCUAUUCAAAGUCAGUUUCAUGUUCAAAUUCGGAUUCAUCCUAUCCCAAUAUUAUCUUCCUAGUUUGAAAUACUUGAACUACCUGGACAUCAUCAUCCUGGACUUUAAGCACUUUAAACCUUGGAGGAUGGAAGAUGUACGGUACCCAGAUAGACAGUAUGUCUUGAAGACUCGAAACCUGACGUCAUCUCGGACAAUAGGCCCCUCCCACGCCUCAAUUACCUUUGCCUCGGUUCACAAAUCUAACGCGCUCUUUCAUCUCGCCGCUCGCUCUGACAAUCAAAUGAUAACAUGGGCUUUGCUGCGAUAA